AUGGCCAUUCAUGCAAUGGGCCAUCAACUUAGUGGGUCCCUUGCCACCGGCGCCUGCCAAGAAAGAAAUGAUGAUCGUCGCCACCCGACUAUUUUACUAAAUGGAUCGAGGCCGAAGCUCUAUCCUCUACUAAAGAAGCCGAUGUGGAGCGAUUCAUCUGGAGAAAUAUCAUCUACCCACAAAACACAACAGUUGUCCCAUAAGCAGCGUCCUUCGGGAGACGCAGGCAACGACCAGAAGUGUCCCUUCGGGAGACGCAGCCCAUAA